AUGUCUCCGCUGCAAAUAGCCACCACCAUGAGGCCCACAACCACAGCCUCAAACGUCCCACUCCCCACCGCACUGCACAUCUCCGCACGCACCCGCAUAUCCACCAUCCAGAACGCACCAACGACCAGUGACUGCGUCAGCAGAUGCCCUACAAAACCCACAACAAAUUCACCCCCCAAUGACGGCCCACAAACAGCCACCAAUGCAGGAACCCACAGCCACAAAGCACCCACCACCCGUCAAUCAAGCACCCCGCGCGAGCCCAUCCAAAGUGAGCACCACCCAUGGCCCACCAAGCAUCCACAAAUGAGAUACAAAGGCCGACAAUGCCCCGAGACCCACAAAAUGGCUAGUCAUCCCAACAGACGAAGAAGAGACACAACACAAAGGGACACAGAAAACACCGCACCGACAUUCACCGCAACCCCCCAACACACCGCACGAAGACGAACAAGGGCGGUCCAUGAAGACACGCCACCGCCACGAUGCCAUCCGCCCCGGGACACGCACGCCGAGCCAGCAAUCCCCCUCCCAGCACGCCACCAACGCGCCGAGAGCGGGAGGCAGGACGCCAUGCCACAUCCACGUCAACCCCCAGAAGCCUUCGACAGUGAAGCCAAGGGGAGCACGGAGAAGCACACCGGAGCCGGCGGCCGCCAGCGGCACCAGCGACGAGCACGCGCCUCCGCCCGGCAGCACACCUCACAGCCGAAAGCCAACGUCAGCCCGCCCGCCAGCAGCUGCAGGUGUUUGCCCUCGCUCCCCGACUAA